AUGGCGCUUGACAACUACUACCGUAAUAAGAUCGAGGGCAUGAAACUCGAGAUUAUCCAGGGUCAGGCUGUUUUACGACGAUUAGAAGCACAACGCAAUGAUUAUAACUCGAGAGUGCGCCUACUGCGAGAAGAGCUGGGUUUGCUUCAGCAGCCUGGUUCUUAUGUCGGCGAGGUGGUGAAAGUAAUGAGCACCAAAAAAGUCCUCGUCAAGGUACAUCCAGAGGGCAAAUAUGUUGUGGACAUUGCGGAUGGUGUGGAUAUUGGCAAACUCACGGUUGGCAAGCGUGUGGCACUACUCUCUGAUUCAUACAAGCUGGAGAAGAUGCUGCCUUCAUCAGUCGAUCCGUUGGUCUCACUCAUGAUGGUUGAAAAGGUUCCCGAUAGCACAUACGACAUGAUUGGUGGCUUGGACCAGCAGAUCAAGGAGAUCAAGGAAGUGAUUGAGCUUGGUCUUAAGCACCCCGAACUCUUCGAAUCUCUUGGUAUUGCGCAACCGAAAGGUGUUCUUCUGUAUGGGCCACCUGGAACCGGAAAGACACUGCUUGCGCGAGCGGUCGCCCAUCACACUGAUUGCCGAUUCAUCAGAGUCAGUGGAUCAGAGUUGGUACAGAAGUACAUCGGUGAGGGUAGUCGUAUGGUGCGCGAGCUCUUCGUCAUGGCUCGAGAGCAUGCCCCUAGUAUCAUUUUCAUGGACGAGAUUGACAGCAUUGGUUCCAGCCGGAUAGACAGCGCUGGUUCUGGUGACUCGGAAGUCCAACGUACAAUGUUGGAGCUGUUGAAUCAACUUGAUGGUUUCGAGCCAACCAAGAACAUCAAAAUCAUCAUGGCUACGAAUCGACUUGAUAUUCUUGACCCUGCCCUGUUGCGGCCUGGACGUAUCGACCGAAAGAUUGAAUUCCCCCCGCCAUCGGUGGAAGCUCGUGCUGAUAUUCUACGGAUUCACUCUCGGUCGAUGAACUUGACACGAGGAAUCAACCUGACCAAGAUUGCGGAGAAGAUGAAUGGAUGUUCUGGGGCGGAGCUGAAGGGUGUCUGCACCGAGGCCGGCAUGUAUGCCCUCCGGGAGCGGCGGGUGCAUGUUACCCAGGAGGAUUUCGACCUGGCCACUGCCAAGAUUCUCAACAAGCAUGACGACAAGGAGAUUGCUGUAUCCAAACUUUUCAAGUAA